AGGAAAAUUUUUUGCCGGCAAUGGCGACGAGCAGCAGAGAAGCUAGGAGGCGUAAGAUCAUCGAACGAGGAUCCGAUCGUUUGGCCUUUAUCACUGGUCAGAUCCAUAGCAUCCCCGAUCCACCUCCUUCAGAUUCUCCCCCCCUUUCCGAAUCUCAGCUCCGAACAGACGAAUCCCUCUUGAAUCCAAUUCCGCUUCCCGACCAGAUUCUCUCCGAUGAAAUCUCCAGUCAGCAGGAGAACAUCUCUGAUGGAAUGCUCGAUAACAAUGAAAGCUAUCGUGCAGAUCAUAACGUCUAUCAGAGCAAAGCUAGACUCCCUCAGCCUCAGAUGAGCAUCGAAACAUCGGCAAAUGUCCCUGCCUCAGAACCUCGAGACACGAUACAGCCAUCUCCAACCACAUCGACAACUCAAACUACAUCCGCAAGAGACUUGAGUGCCCAUCAAUCCUUGCUCCCUCUGGGUCAUGUUACAAAGGUUAUCACACCGAAACAUGUUGGUGCCGCCAUCGAUGCUUCAGAAUACACGCGGGUUUUUUCCUCCUUGGCGAUCGCGCUUCUCGUAAUAUUAUCUUGCUUCGGGUUCUCUUCCCUCAACGUCAUAAUCAGCUUCAGGCCUGUUUUCUUGCUUCUCCUGACCGACGCAACAAUUGUGCUUGGCCGGGUUCUCCUGAAUCAUCGUGAAGAUCCUUCAACAGCAUCGAGACGAGAAAACACAGUUACAACGAGCGAUCAAGGCAUAGCCGAGCAAGUUGGUAAUGCAGUGGAGAUGGCUCUAAUGAUCAAGAAGAUAAUGAAUGCAGUGUUGAUGGAUUUUAGCGUAUACGCAGUGAUUCUCAUAUGUGGCCUCCUUUUCUCACAGGACAACUUGGCUUAGCAGCAUCUUCUCUCUCUCUCUCUCUCUCUCUCUCUCUCUCUCUCUCUCACUCUAGUUUUGUAUCCUGACGAUUAGAUGAUUUUAUCUCGCUUUUGAACUUAUGUUUGAAGAUUAUAUAUCAAAUUUCGACUUCAGUUA